AUGAGUGAUUUUCGGCAUCUGGAUGUCGAUCAAUACGAUGAUGAAACACUCUCUGCUGAAGAGCUUGCUCCGCAGGAUCCACGCUCUGCACAAGAACUGAAUCAGCUUGCACAAGCGAAACAGAGUGAUGUGCGCGCACGGAUUUCCAGUGGCGACACUGCCGGCGCUUUGCACGCAGCGCUAGCUGAUCCACCCACUGGUGCGCAUGCAUUGCAAGCGCGGCAAACGACGCUUGCACUUGUGAUGGAUAUUCUAAAUUCUACACGUACCACAGAUAUCAUGCCCGCGCUAAAAGCACUGAACAUGGACGAGCGCGAUACUCUGAUGAAGUACCUGUACCGUGGUAUGGAGAUGGGACGUCUCCCAUCGGCUCCAGCGCCUAUCAACUGCGCUGUAAUUUUAAGCUGGCAUGAAAAGCUCACACAGGUCGCAGGAACCGGCUGCAUUAUGCGUGUCAUGACUGAUCGUCGUAUUGUAUAG